AGAUGAUGAACAAAGCCCGCAGUUUGCUGCAGACUAAGGACAUGGAUUACUGGAACCAUGUCCGGUGGUCUGAUGACACCAAGAUCAACUGAUUGGGUUCAGAUGGUGUCAGGCGUCAUGGUGGUGGGGGUGUCAUGGUCUGGGGCCCUAUGGUGGUGGGAGUGUCAUGGUCUGGGGCCCUAUGGUGGUGGGAGUGUCAUGGUCUGGGGCCCUAUGGUGGUGGGAGUGUCAUGGUCUGGGGCCGCAUGGUGGUGGGGGUGUCAUGGUCUGGGGCCGCAUGGUGGUGGGGGUGUCAUGGUCUGGGGCCGCAUGGUGGUGGGAGUGUCAUGGUCUGGGGCUGCAUGAGUGCUGCCAGCACUGGG